AUGCUUAUUGGAGAUUUCAAUGCCAGGAUUGGCCAAUCACAAAAUAACUAUAUCAGUUCACAUUACCCAUUUUUUAACCUGAACCGUAAUUCGAAAGACGCUUUGUGCGAUAGCAAGGGAUCGAAAAUCUUGGAACUUGCAGAUGAAUUCAACUGUCAUGUUCUAAAUGGAAGUUGUGAAGGAGACGCUAAAGGGGAGUAUACCUUCAUUAGAGGAACUAGUUGUUCUGUCAUUGACUAUUGCUUCAUAUCUGGAAAAUGGAAUGAUGUCAUAAGUAAUUUUGAAGUAGGAGUCGAAACGUUUUCAGAUCAUAUGCCGCUUGAAAUAGCACUUUCGUGUACAACAUCACAAUCUCCAGUCAAUACAAGACAGCUUAACCUUGUUCCAAAACUGAUUUGGAACUAUAAGAACCGAAACGUUUACCAAACAAACUUAAACAAAGAACUGGAGACGCUUGGAAAUUUGGAUAUUCGUGCUGAUAUAAACACCCUUCUAGAAAUGAUUAAGAAAGCAAACCCGAAAAACAAUCCGCAAAAAAAUAAAGCAUUAAUUAAACAAAAAUGGUUUGAUGUUGAAUGCGUGAAAGCAAGGAAAUUGUCGUUUAAUUACCUCAAUCUUUUAAGAACCCACAACCUACAGAUUUUUAGAAAAUUAUAUACGGAUGCGAAUAGGAACUCUAAACGAUUAUGUUAUGCCAAGAGAGUUUCCUUUGAAAAUUUAAAUAUUGCUGUUAUAAAUAACACCCGCUCAUCUUCAGAGUUUUGGAAAGCUGUUAAGCAUCUUAAUGGAAAAAUAAAUACUAUAGCUCUGGGUUUGCAGGCAUCUGAUCUUAGAGACUACUUCAUCAGCCUUCUCAAUCGCUCAGCAAAUGGUCCUUUGGUGCAAUAUGCAGCUCCCUCGAUCCUUGAUGUGUACUUAGAUGCACCUUUUUCGAUCCAAGAAGUUGUUGCAAAUGCAAAAUCAAACAAAGCCCCAGGGGAUGACCGGAUCCCCUUUGAAUUCUUCAAACACGCCACGGAAAAAUGUAUCUUUCUUUUAACAUCCGAAUUCAACCGAAUUUUCGAAAGUGCCUCUGUUCCGGAAGUUUUUCAUAAGUCAAUUAUUUUUCCGCUUCACAAAAAAGGUAGCUACGAGGACCCAGCAAUCUACAGAGGGAUUUCCUUUCUUAACACCUGCGCUAAGCUAUUUGCUGGACUUAUUCACAACAGACUGUCGAAGUGGGUGGAGGACAAGAACAUUCUAUGGGAAUUCCAGGCUGGUUUCAGGAAAAGUUAUUCAACCAUAGACCAUAUAUACGCUUUCUUUAUAGACUUCCGUGCAGCUUUUGACUCUGUCGACCGUCAAGCUCUCUUUUACAAGCUCUCUGUAUCUCUGUAUGGAUAUUCCCCGCCUUUGAAUCUGUGGAAAAAUUCAUAA